GUUCAGACUAACAUCAAGGGAUCAUCAAACCACGUUGUCAUUCCCCGUACCGCAGGAUAAAGACACGCUAUGGAUUGCUAUGGAAAAUACAUAGCAAUUGCACUGGUAUUGUUGUCAGUCUGUAUGCAUGCCCUUUAUUCCUUUCCUGAUGAAAAUUUUUCGGCUCCAGGUUGCCCUGAAUGCAGACUGAAGGAAAACCAACGUUUUUCUAACAUGGGGAUAGGUCGGAUUUUUCAGUGCAGUGGAUGCUGCUUCUCUAGGGCGUAUCCUACCCCAAUGAGAUCAAAGAAGACAAUGCUGGUGCCCAAGAACAUUACCUCUGAAGCUAAGUGCUGUGUGGCAAAGACACAAUACAGAGUCACGUUAAUGGACACUGUGAAGAUUGAAAACCAUACAGCUUGUCACUGCAGUACCUGCCUUUAUCACAAAUCCUAAACGCCAAAUGAUGUCUUUUGUUAACAUACAAUAAUAAAACAGAUCUCCUGCUUUUCAUUAAUAACCUCUAACAAUGUUCUUGAAUUUACUGCCUGAAUAGCAGCACACUUUUCCUUUCACCCUAAUUACAGGCACUGGUUUCAGAUAAAACUUUUUUUUUUAUUUUUUAUUCUUGCUUGUAUACACUUGAUUAAACUUAGAUUAGCAUUAA